UUGUGGAUUACGUGGCUCUCUCCCUCAGAAUUCUUCUUUUCUAUCUUACUACACUGCUACUUCAGUUACUUUCUCCUCCUCUCAGCAGUCUUAACCAUAUUUUUUAUGUUGUUUCAGUGAAACUCAGUGACCCAUUUGCUUUGGAUUCUGAAUGAGCUCCCGUCCAUGCCUUUAUUAGAUAUUGCUACUGCUCAGUCUUGUUUGCAAAAUCAUCUGGGUCCACUAAGGGCUCAAACCUUUACUCAUGCUAAACUUUUGCCAAGUAAUUUUUUAUCUGGAGAUGAAAAGAGGCUGUGCUGUGCAUCAAAAUCAUUCCAAUUCCCUAAAAAAACUUAUUAUAGUUUCGGACACCUUGAGACACUAAGAGGUAAACUCCUGAUCACUGCUGUUGCGACCCUUGAACCUGAGUUUUUGGUUCAUAAGGAAGAUGAACAAAAGAAUAUAAUGCUGGGUGUGGAUUCAAGUCCAUCAGCAGCUCAGCUUAAGUCAUCUAAUGGAGACUCUACUGAAUUGGAUGAGAGAGAACGAUUGAGACGGAUGAGAAUUUCUAAGGCAAAUAAAGGAAACACACCGUGGAACAAAGGAAGAAAACACAGUGCUGAAACCCUUCAACGGAUCAGAGAGAGAACAAGGCUUGCAAUGCAGGAUCCAAAGGUCAAAAUGAAGUUAGUUAAUCUUGGACAUGCUCAGAGUGCUGAGACUAGGAAAAAAAUUGGGGUUGGUGUACGUAUGGGGUGGAAAAAGCGUCGAGAGAAGUUGAUGGUGCAGGAACAUUGCUAUUUUGAGUGGCAAAACUUGAUUGCAGAAGCUUCUAGAAAGGGUCUUGCUGGUGAGGAAGAGUUGCAAUGGAAUUCUUAUAAGGUAUUGCAAGAACAGCUUAAGCAGGAGUGGUUGGAGAGUGUUGAACAAAGGAAAUCUAUGCCUAGGCCAAAAGUUAGCAAGAGAGCUCCAAAGUCCCCUGAGCAAAGAAAGAAAAUCGCCGAAGCAAUUGCUGCCAAAUGGGCUGAUCCGGCAUACCGGGAACGGGUUUGCUCUGGGCUGGCGAUAUAUCAUGCCAUCUCAGCUGGAGCAGUAAGAAAACCUAGGAGAAAGCCGAGUGGCGAUGGGCAGUCUAGAAGACAAAAAUCCACUAGGAAAAAUGAUAGUGAUACAGAUUUUUCUCUCAUGAUGGAGCCCCCAAGCCGAAUUGAAAGGUUUAAAUUGAAGAGAGGUAAUACACCCUUGUAUAAGGAUCCUUCUGCGAGUUCCAAGCUGGAGAUGAUAAAGAGCAUCAGAGCUCAAAGAGCAGCUGCAGAAUCAAAGAAAAUUGAAGCCGUUGAACAAGCAAGAUUAUUAAUUGCUGAAGCAGAGAAGGCUGCAAAAGCCCUUGAGACUGCUGCCAUGAAGAGCCCUAUUGCUCAAGCUUCCCUCAUGGAAACCAGAAGGCUAAUAGCUGAAGCAGUUCAGUCAGUUGAAUCCAUAGAACUGGGGCAGGUCACAUCCAAAAAUGGAAAUGGUGGAUCUCUUUCUGUUGAUUCAGCUGAAUUGGUUAGCAAGGUCAAAGAGGAAAUAGAAACACAAAAUGGAGGUUUGAACCAACCAGAACAUACAAAAGUAAAUGGAACUCAACCACUACCAAGUAAAGAUGAGGCUUUCAACCUUGGUAGCUUCAAAAUGCUAGAUAAACUGAACCGGGAAGAACUUGUUGGUAAAAACUUCAAAGUAUAUAGUUUGCAGACACUCAAUUUGGAGGGCCUAAUAGGGAAGCCUGAUUCAGCAAAGCAUCUUGGCCAUUUAGAAGCAAAUGGAAGCAUCAAAAACAAAAAGAAUCUUCAACCAAAUGGAACAAAUGUUCAGAGUAUGGAAGAGGAAACAGCUACUAAACCAGACAAUGUAACUAAAAAGUGGGUUUGUGGAAGGCUUGUUGAAGUGAUAGAAUAGGAGGAGCAUAAUUCUGUAACUCUGAAGAUGUUGAUUGCAGAGCCAUCUUGCCACUUUGCUUGUAAGCCAAUGCAGUGCAUGUAGUAAAAUGAUGGUGUUUUACUUUCACAUCACGCACCUCAAUUGCCAUUGUUGAUUGUUGAACAAAUAACAUUAUUAAUAGGAGCACUGCUGCUUACAUCUA